GGGCUGCGAUCGCGGGGCCGCCGCCGGGAGCUACCGGAGCCCCGAGCACGGGACACACAUGCAGCAAAGGGAUGCAGCAUCCUGUCCCCCAGCCUGGACUGCCUGAGCCCUGAGGGUCAGCCCAGCAGAGCCACAUGGUCGGGAGGAGUUAAGUUAAGGCUGAAAACCAGACGGAGUGAAACUCCAGGCCGACCUCACUCCUGGCAUUCAACCAAACUUGGGGAGAACCAACCCGAUCCCAGCAUGAUGCAAAUAUCUCAGGGUAUGCUUGGCACCCCCUGGCAUCAGUCCUACCACUCCAGCUCCUCAACCAGUGACCUCUCUGGCUAUGAGCAUGGCUACCUGAGGAGAAGUCCUGACCAGUACAGCUCACGGGGCAGCAUGGAGAGCUUGGACCACUCCUGCCCCAGCUACCACCCUUGUCACCUGUCCCCAGCCAAAUCCACCAACAGCAUCGACCAGCUCUCCCACCUUCACAGCAAGAGAGACUCUGCCUACAGCUCCUUCUCCACCAACUCCAGCAUCCCCGAGUACCCCGCUCCUCCCUUCAGCAAGGAGCACUCCUGCUCCAUGGAUCUGCAUUCCCGGGGAGGGCAGCAGGAGGGGAUGAGGCAAGCUGACAUCAGGUACAUCAAGACAGUCUACGAUGCCCAGCGAGGGAUCUCCCAGGAGUACGAGGUGAAGUCCCCCACCUUGCUGCCCAGCUGGGAGGCCCGGACCUCUCCCGAGGGUCGUGCCCAGGGCAGGUUCCACAGCUUCAGCAGGCACAGUGCUGCUCCCUCCUGGGCACAGCCAGCACAGGGCUCCUGGGACAGCAAGAGCCACCCCCCCAAGGGACCUCCCUUGCCUCCUGCUCGCAGCGACAGCUACGCAGCCAUCAAGCACCACGAGAGGCCCAGCUCCUGUGCCAGCUUUGAUCUGAACAAGCUGGGUCGAACACAGCCCAAAGGGACUUGGCCUCUGCUCGUCAGCACCCUGUCCCAGGGACCUCUGCUGAAAACCCCCUUUGGAGAAGGGCAUCUGCACACCCUGGUGGAGAAGAGCCCAGAGAGCAGCCCCACUGUGAAGCCCAAGCAGAGCUAUUCCCAGCCAGCCCAGCCAGGGCAGCCCCUGCUGCCUACUGGUGUCUACCCAGUACCUUGCCCGGAGCCUCACUAUGCCCAGGUGCCCCAGCCUUCUGCAAGCAGUAAUGGGACACUUUAUCCAGCCCUGGCCAAAGAAAGUGGGUACCCAGCUCCUCUUCCAGUCUCUUACGACAAGGCUGUAACUAGCAGCACCCUGGGCUGUGAUGAGAAUGGAAACCAAAGCACUACAAACAGAUCAACCAUCUUCUACCAGCCCCCAGGAGCUGAGAGGAAGCACGAUGCUGCAGAAAAUCUUCUCCAGCAAAAACCUCCCAGCACGGCAGUCCCAGAGGUCUGCCUGACCACGUCUAGAAAGGAGGAGCUGUUACCCCCUUACAAGGUAGCACACAGCAACCGAGAGCCAACAAGUGCCACACAAGCCUCCAGACACAGUUUUCAAGUCCCACAGCCCCAGGUGAGGGAUGCCAGUGAGAGAAAAACCCAUUACCAGCCCAAAGAGGACUGGACAGCUGAACCCCGGGAGGACAAAAAUGGCAACACACAGAUUGAGAGACAUGUUGCUGCUACUGCUCACCACCACUGGGGGCACAGCAAGGCCAAGCAGUAUGGCUUCUCCUCUUUGCAGAACAUCCCAGACUGCUCCAGGAGGCAAAGCAGCUCUGAGCUUAAAGAGGUGCAACCAGGUGAGGUUUAUUCCACCAAACUCUCCUUCUUGAACAGCAGCAGUAAAGAGGAGAAGGAUCAGAGAGGACAGGGACAGAAACAGUGGAGUGAUGUGGACCUUCCAGCCUAUGGGAGGCAGGAGGAGGAAGGCACGAGUCUCAUUUUGUUCCAUGCUGCUGAGCCAAAGUGUGAAGAGCCUCCUUCUCCCCCAAAGACCUCAGAUUUUGGGAGGAGCCGUCUCAGCUCCAGCAGCACCCAGAGCUUUCCCUAUGGCAAACCUGAGGCCAGCAAGCCCCGCUGCUCCGUGCUGGAGAAGGUCAGCAAGUUUGAGCAGAGGGAGCAGAGCACUCCCUGGCCCCAGAGUGCAGGAGUGCUCAGCUUUGGGCAGCACUACGGGCCCAGCAGGCUGAGCCAGCCCCCCAGUGCAAGGUGCUCUCUGCACAGCCUGGAGGACAUGAGGAACAAGCUCCGGGAGCCCAGCGAGCCAGGCAGGGUCUCCAGCCCCUCCAUCAGGAAUGGGAAGCUGGAAGAGGCCGACUGGUGUCCUGUAGAGCUGCAGAUGGUGGCUGCAGUGAAACAGGGGAGACCCAGCGAAUACUACACCCUGUGUCCUGAAAAUGAGGUGCAAAUAAGGGCAGCUCAGUUACCCAGGAGUAAAAGCACAUUCCAGCUGGGAGGUGAGCCUGAGAAGGAAAUCCUCUGGAAGGAUAACAUCCAGGAUGCCCACGGGUCACAGCUGGACACACCCUUUAACAGGGCCUACAGGAACAGCAUUAAAGAUGCCCAAUCCAAGGUGCUGAGGGCCACUUCUUUCCGUCGCAUCAGCCCCCCCUUCGGGAGCACACCCAAGAGGACGGCCCAGAGACCCGCCUCAGCCCACGUGGGCACAAGGAGUGUGGCAGCAUCUCCCCACACCCCCAAGGAGAGGCACAGUGUCACCCCGACAGAAGGCAGCCUGGCUGCCCUGGAGCACCCCAAGGCUCAGCACGUCCUGCGCAUCGGGGGCCGGAAGCGGCUGACGGCGGAGCAGAAGAAGCGAUCCUACUCGGAGCCAGAGAAGAUGAACGAGGUGGGCAUCUCCGACGGGGAGUCCUCCCCUUUCUCCUUCCAGAAAAAAAGCAUCCAUUUCGUCUUCCCGGAGAACACGGUGGCCGACAGGCGUAAGAUCUUUGAGAGGGAUGGCAGAGCUGCCUCCACCGCCAGCCUCUCCAAGCCCCAGCUGAAGCAGCUCCAGCAGAACGCCCUGGCCGACUACAUCGAGCGGAAAACGGGGAGACGCCCGUCCUCCCAGGAGCUGGGGCUGCUGAGGGAGCCUUCCCACACCUCCUACCUACACCUGGGAGGCCCAGACAGCCAGAGCCUUUCCUCUGCCUCCAGCAUGAAUUCCCUCCAGGAUCAGAACCUUUACCGCCGGAGGGAGUCUGUGGAGCGGGUGGGCAGGGCGGGGAGGAUGUCCUCUACCCUUCCUCCUGGAUUGCUGGGAUGCUGGGAUACAGGGGGGGAUGAGAAGAAGGGGCAGCAGGAGAGCUCGGUCACCAGCAGACUGAAAAAAGAGAGGUGCUGGGAUUACAGAGGCAAACCAGAGCUCACCAAAGGCACACAGACAGACCCUCCGGGCUCACAGGGCCGGCCUUGCUAUGGGAAGCAGGAGCAGGUGUUGGAAACACCCAGCUCUGGCAGGAAAUCUGGGAAGUCAGUCUCUGUGGAGGACCUGCUGGAGAGGUACGACAGUCAGACAGCCCCUGUGCACGUACGCUCCAGGUCGUCUCCCACGGCGGAUAAGAAACACCAGGACCUGCUGAGGAGGGAAAGCAGUGAAUUUGGCCCCAUGCUGAGAGAUCCUUUCUACCUGGUCAGCACAGGAGCCAGGUCUUUCAGCAAACAAGAAAGAAGCCACUCUGAAAAAACAUCGUUCUUACGUUAUUACCCCCACCCUCAGCCCAGCAGUGAGGUUCUCACUGCCUCCACCACACUGACUGAGAACCACAAGCUCUCAGAACUUCCCAGGCCAGACAGCAGGACUUCUGCGUUUGUUCCAUCCCCAACAGAGGCCAGGAGUCAGUAUCCUGAGGAAAAGCAAGGCUCUAAGCCCUUGUUCCUUAACCUUACCCCUUCUGGGUCUGGCCAGUCCUCCUCUAACACACCCGGCCAGGCUCCCUCUGACUUCCAGGGUGCAGGUGACAGCCAGGCUCUGAGGCAGCACCAUGCCAAAGGAGAUGCUGUUCCCCCUGAGGGCAGCAGUCACACUCGGGCAGAGGCUUUGGAUGCUGUGCAGGACAGAUCCCCUGAGACUCCCACGGAAGAGGUGCUGUGGAAAAGGAAAGCUUCACAGGGGCUGCUUCACAGGUCCCUCCCACCCAGAGUGCUGUGGGCUCACUCAGUCAAAGACAACAGCUCGUCAAGGGCUGUGGUGGCUCCUCCAGAAGCUGGGCUGAAGUUCUCCCAGAGGUGGCAGUCCCUGCCAAGGCAGAGCAGCACUUCUUCUGACCCAGAGACUCCUUCUCCCCAGGGGAUAAACCAUCUCCGGAUCUCAGAGUCAGGCCUGCAGCUCACUCCCCCCCCACGGCUGCAGGAUGAUGAAGAUGACGAGGUGUUUGUGAUGCCUUCCCAGCCCACUGCUGCCACUCCACCCUUCUCACCCCCACUGCCACCCCAUCCUCUUCCUGAGCUGAGCUUUUGCACUUCUGCCAAGGGCACAGAGGAAUUCCCACCUCCUCCCCCAGCGGCGGUGCUGGAGGGGAAUGGGGCAGCUGGAGACAAAUCCACCAGGCUCACAGAGGAGGCCAAAGUGAGCAGCUUCAAAAGCUUUCCCAAAGCCCUGAUGGAGAGAGAGAUAGCAGGGUUGGGCACCAGUACUGGGGAAAAGAACUGGGCCCCCUCCCCACCUGCCCCCCAGAGGACCAGCUCACCAUCUGCUGUGGACAAGCAGCACCAGGUACCUGCUGCUUCUGAAGGGCCUCAGAGUGCUGACAGACAGUCUGCAACUCAACAUGAAGGCAACCACAGAGAGCCCCAAAUCAUCCCUGGGGAGUCAGAAAAUGGCAACCUGGACUCUGGGUCACUCAGCACUGCACCUCCUGUAAAGACAAAGAAAAAGAGCCCAGAGGAUAUUAAGUCAGAGGCUCUAGCUAAAGAAAUUGUCCAUAAAGAUAAGUCUUUGGCUGAUAUCCUGGAUCCAGAUUCCAAAAUGAAGACAACCAUGGAUUUAAUGGAAGGGCUUUUCCCCACUGGAACCAGCUUGCUGAAGGAGCACAACAUGAAAAGGAAGAAGACACAGAAGACACCCAGCAGGGCAGUAGCUGAAGAUGACAUAAGAGAAGAAAAGGAAGCUCCUGUAGCCCUGGUUGGAUGUCCUGCAUAUUAUAAUGUUUCUGCACCCAAAGCAGAACUGCUGAAUAAAAUCAAGGAUUUGCCAGAAGAAGUAGGUGAGGAAGAGGAGCUGCUGGACAUCAAUGAGAAGAAGGCUGAGCUCAUCGGGAGCUUGACCCACAAACUGGAAAUCCUGAAGGAAGCCAAGGAGGACCUGCUUACAGACAUCAAGAUGAACAAUGCUCUGGGAGAGGAGGUGGAGCUGUUGAUCAGCCAGCUGUGCAAACCCAACGAGUUUGACAAGUACAAGAUGUUCAUUGGUGACUUGGAUAAGGUGGUGAACCUCCUGCUCUCCCUCUCGGGGCGCCUGGCCCGGGUAGAGAAUGUUCUGAGUAGUCUGGGGGAGAAUGCCAGCAGUGAGGAGAGGAGUUCCCUGAAUGAGAAGAGGAAAGUGCUGGCUGGCCAGCACGAAGAUGCCCGGGAGCUGAAGGAAAACCUUGACCGUCGUGAACGGGUGGUCUUGGAGAUCCUGAGCAACUACCUCUCUGAGGAGCAGCUGCAGGAUUACCAGCACUUUGUCAAGAUGAAGUCUGCACUUCUCAUAGAGCAGCGAGAGCUGGAUGAUAAAAUCAAACUGGGUCAGGAGCAGCUCAAGUGCCUGAUGGAAAGCCUCCCCACAGAGUUCACGCCCAGGGAUGCAGCAGCAGCAGCUGCCCUGGCUGCAGCACUCGCUACCUCUGCUGGGCUGGGUGGUAAAACACCUCCAGCAGUCUCCUCUUCCUCACUCUAACCUUUCCCAAGUGGGCCUGGGAAUGUCCUCCUGCUUGAGUCUGUUUAGUCCAGGUACUUGGCAGAUGGUUCUCUACAAAGACAAUGAACAGAGACAGUUUUGAAACGAGAUUUUAAUGAAGGAAAAACAAAUAGCAAUAAUAAAGGUUUUACUCUCCUUUCCUUCCACCUCUGCUUCUUGGAAAUUUAAAGUGAUGUGGAGGGAAGGCUCCUCCUGCCAGAGAUGAGGAAGACUCUCAGAAGAAUGAAACACAUUACCUUUAAUGAAAAAACAUGACCUCUCUUCCCUCCCUUUCCUGCCAACCUGGCACCUCAUUAAAUAAUGAAGGAGCUAAAAGAAUGAAGCCUUAAAAAUAAAACCUACCCAUUCUAUUGAACAUUAUUGAUAUUUAUAUUUUUUAAAGAACAAGACAGAAUGUGUAAGUUUUUGUACAUAUUCUAAUCAGUUUCUUAAUUCUACCUUGUUCUGUAAGUAGAAAAGACAUUUAAUUUUGUAUUUUGUGGAAACCUUAACAAAAAGAGGGAACCCCAAAGAUAGCAAUGCAUUAGCUUGGAACAUCUCCUCGUGGUUUUGUUGCUGUUGUUGUUGUUGUUUUUUAAUAUAAUAAAGGGCUACCAGAAGCUUCAA